AUGGCCAGUAGCGCCGGUUCCUCAGUGGCCGCUGCAGCGGGCCCGGCGCAGGCUUUCGUGGGCGCUCCGGUCGCCCGCGCCCAGGUCCACCAGGGCCGUGCGAGCUCCGACCCAAAGGUCAAGCCAACCUCGGCCUCCAGUACCGGGCUUGCCACGGCCAUGUUUGCGGUGGGCACCGCCGGUGCCGCCGCCGCACGUAGCCGCGCCCGGGGCGGCGCCGCCCUGCGCCGGCUCUUGCGUGCAGGACCUGCGGGCACGAAGCUUUCGGUGCAGCCGAGCGCGGUGUCCCUCUCCGCGGAGGGCCGUGCAAGCUUCAGCGCCGUGGCGAUGCAGGCGGCCGCCGUUGCCGAGGCCCCAGUGAAGACGGCCACCAGCUAUGAAGUGGGCCAGAAGCUGCACGGUUGGACUUGUGUCCGGGCCGAGUACAUCAAGGAGUUCAGCUGCAGCGGCUACCUCUUCCAGCACGACAAGACCGGUGCCGAGCUGAUGUCCAUGGUCCAGCCGGCGGACGAGAACAAGACCUUUAGCGAGAACUCCAACGGCAUCGCCCACGUCUUGGAGCACUCUGUUCUCUGUGGCAGCCGCAAGUAUCCCCUGAAGGAGCCUUUCGUGGAACUCAUGAAGUCGAGCUUGCAGACAUUUCUGAACGCCAUGACCUUCCCUGAUCGCACCUGCUACCCGGUGGCCAGCUGCAACCUCAAGGACUUCUACAACCUCAUCGACGUCUAUCUGGAUGCCGUCUUCCACCCUCGUGCCAUUAACGACCCGCGCGUGCUGGCUCAAGAGGGGUGGCACUACGAGGUCGAGAAGAAGGAUGAGCCUCUCAAGUACAAGGGCGUGGUGUUCAACGAGAUGAAGGGCGUCUACUCGAACCCGGACGCUGCACACGGACGGCUGGCGAACAUGUCCAUGUUCCCGGACACUCAGUACGGAGUCGACUCUGGCGGUGACCCCAGGGAGAUCCCCUCCCUCACUUUCGACUACUUCAAGAACUUCCACGGCAAGUUCUACCACCCCUCCAACGCGAAGUUCUGGUUCUACGGCGACGACCCCGCAGACGAUCGCCUUGAGCUCUUGGACAAGUUCCUGUCCGAGUUCGAGAAGAUCGAGGUGGAUUCGAAGAUUGAGGCCCAGCCACUGUUCAAGGAGCCCAAGACGGUGAUCGGCGAGUUUGCUGUGGGCGAGGACGAGGACAUCUCCAAGAAGACCAUGAUCAGCGGCGGCCUGGACGACAGCAUGCUGCAGGCCACCUUCUCCGUCGGCCUGAAGGACAUGAAGGCGGAGGAUGUGAAGAAGGUUGAGGAGCUGAUCAUGAAGACCCUUGAGGAGCUGGCAGAGACGGGCUUUGAGAGCGACGCGAUCAAGGCGGCAGUGAACACCAUUGAGUUCCAGAAUCGUGAGCUGAACACUGGGUCUUUCCCCAAGGGCCUGGCGCUCCUGUUCGCCGCGAACUCCAACUGGAACUACGACGCCGAUCCCUUCGAGGCCUUGAAGUUCGAAGGCCCGCUUCAGGAGCUGAAGCAGCGCCUGGACAAGGGCGAGCCUGUGUUCCAGGACUUGAUUCGGACGAAGCUCCUGGACAACCCGCACAAGGUCGUGGUCGAGAGCCGCCCCUCCAAGGAUCUCAGCAAGAAGGAGAAGCUGGAGCUCGAGAAGCACCGAGCCACUCUCGAGGAGGAGGAUAUCCAGCAGCUCAUUGAGGAGACGACGAAGCUGAAGGAGAUUCAGGAGACCCCAGACACCGCUGAGGCCAUGCAGACAGUGCCACGCUUGGAGCUGUCGGACAUUCCCAAGGUGGGUGCUCCACGAUAG